GUGGGAUGAGAGAGAGAAGCAGAGCCCAAGGUGGGUGAGGGGAGAGAGGAGGAGGUGUGCUGGAGCAGAGACCCCCCUGCUCCCUGUGGGGAGAUGACAGCCUGUCCCCCAGCAAGCUCUGCAGAGGAGUGGUGAAGCUCGGAUCGUGCUGCCGUUGGCUGCGGGCGGCCGGGGGCGGGUCCGAUGGUGAGGUGAGACAGGAGGCAGAGCCGGGGCAGGAGGCAGAGCCGGGGCAGGAGCGGAGCGGAGCGAUGGGUCCGGUCCGGGCGCUGGGAAUGGGGCUGCUGCUGGGGGUCGUCUGCGGAGCGGCGAGUGGGCUCCACUCCCUGCGCUGCUUCGGUGUCGCGCUGUCGGAGCCCAGCCCGGGGCUGCCCCAGUACGUUGAAGCCUGGGACAUGGACGGGACCCUCAUCUCAUCCUACGACAGCGACAGGGGGAGGGCAGUGCCGAGGGUGGGCUGGAUGGCUGCCAACAUGACCCCUGAGGACUGGGACAGCUGGACCCAGGUCGCCAAGUACAACCACAAGAUCGCUCACGGGCACCUGGACGUUGCUCAGAUCCUCUACAACCAGAGAGGGGGUGCUCACACGUGGCAGCACAUGUACGGCUGUGACCUGCUGGAGGACGGGAGCACCAGGGGCUAUUGGCAGCACGCCUACGAUGGGAGGGACUUCAUCGCCUUCCACACCGACACGAUGACGUUCAGCGCGGCGGAGGCGGCGGCACAAAGAGUCAAGAGCAAGUUGGAGGAAGGGAAUCUUCCUGAGCAGCUGAAGCGCUACCUGGAGGGCACCUGCAUGGAGUGGCUGAGGAGAUACGUGAGCUACGGGCGGGAGAUGCUGGAGAGGAAAGCCAGCACGAUCUGAGCACCCCGGCAGAGGCCGGCCCAGGGCUGGAUGUGACCCCCUGGACCCAGCUGGCAGCGGCUGAUGGGGCAGCAGAACUUGCCCUUUGCCCCCGUGUGGCACCGGGCAGGGCACUUGUCAGCGCUGCCCUUCCCUGUGCAAGCUGCAGCCCAGCUCUGCCUGGCCACCUUCCCUGCACACAAUAAACCCCCUGCUUUGGCA